UUGGGAAUGAUGAAACAGUGCAAUUUUUUUGUCUGCUUCCAAAACUGUGUGUGAUCUCGCUCUAAAAGAAUGGAGAGGUUAAGAUCGAAGAUGAUCGAGUCUGUCCUCAUCUCGAAUGUUCUUUGGCCACUGGUAUUUCGAGACUCAGCAUCACCAUCUUCGUUCUUGUCAAGUAUCUUUUAAUGUAUAACACAAGGCAACCUUUUGAUUCGCAAGAGAUGCAAUGUAAUUUUACUCAGAAAUACAUGGUCGAGUCACGUAGUAGGGUCUGAAUAUACUGAUGACGUACUUGUUUUUUCCGUUUUGCUCGUUAUAAAAGACUGUCAUCUACGGCUAAUAUGCAGUAUUUUCUGACUUAUCAACUUAUUGUUAGGAAGCAUUUUGUCAACGAAAUUAUUCGCCUAUCGCAAGCUAAGCCGUAUACAAACGGUAGGGUAGCCAUUGCUCGAUCCUCGAAUUUUGCCGGCAGUUGCUUAGUCAACAUACGAAUAACUCUGGCAGACUUUUAGCAACGUUCGACUAAGCAUACGUGCUUAUUUCUUUUCACAGGGCAACAAACGAAGCAAAAAUAACAAUGGUGGCAUGAAGCCUAUGAAGAGCGCCAUAAAGGUGAUUAUUUCCAAAUACUCUGUUCCCUGCAGUUCGUGCGCACAUCAGUAUUCCUGUAACCCUUUUCGCAAUCUUUAUCCAGUUUAGAUUUCUUGAAGAAGUUUAGAACACAUAGCAUAUGGACUUCAUAAUGUCAUUGAUCUAUUCAGUUUGUAAACAGUCAACGAAGAUUCGAAGUUUUUGUUUUACAUCAGUCACUGCCGGUUACGUACACAACAGUCUGACAGGUUACCUCCGUGGCAAGAUCGGCUAAAAGAGAUCAUAUUUAGAUUAAAUUUUUCCCGAUCAAAAUUUUCGACUCGAGACAAAUUGCCGAAUGCAACCGUACUUAUUUGGGUAUUAUGUCGCAGUUUCUUGAAUUUUUUCUCAAAAUUUUUUACUUCUCUUUAAUUUCAGCUGAUCUUGGUGAUAGUCUUGUGGUCACAAUCUGUGUUAGGACGUUCCACAAGAUGUCCUUUGAAGCAAAACUUCCUGAAAUACUACCCGGAUGAUCCAGAAGCUCAAACGUAGUGUAUAGCGUGUCCUGAAUGCCCGCCAGGGCUAGGACUCGCACCACAAUGUGGUUCCAAGAUUACUAACUACACCACUAUUAAAUGCGAACCAUGUCAACUGAAUAAGACAUUUUCAGACAAUCAUGGCUUUGAGAGUUGUAGAUCCUGCCACGACUGUGGCUUAAAGAACGUCAUUCAGCAGUGCACCCCGUCUCAAAAUCGUAAAUGCGGCACCAAGUGCCCUGAAAGAUAUUACCUCGACGAAAAUGGUUUCUGUCAAGAGUGCUACUUUUGUUGUCCCAGUGUGGACGAAACAGGUAGAAUGAAGAAAUGUAAAGAAAUUGGAAUGGGAGAAGACUGGCAGUGUCUUAAGAACGACCAAAACAAGCUCUGCAAAGAAGCUUUGGAAAAUUCUACAGAAGCCAGUCUUGAUACAACUUAUGUCACGGCUGUUACUCUUCUUCCUGGUCACAAUUUUGAAGCAAAUAAAACUGAGAGUACUUCUAGUGAUAAUGUCAGGAAACCUACUGCAUCAUCAGAAAAUGUUACAUCAAAUGGAAAUAUAACACCUUCAAUAAUAGUUGGGAUGAUCAUAGCGAGUAUCCUUGUGCUUAUUUUUGUUUUAUACGUGAUUAAAAGAAUUAUUUCAUGUAGGAAUGGUUCAACACUGUAUUCUGAAGGUAAGAGAAAGUCGUACCUUGCAACACUGUUGUUAACUUUUUUGAGGAUAGUAUCUUAAGCACUGAAUUCGUAUUAACAAUUUGCAACACAACAUGAUAUUUUAGCAAACUGAUAAGUUUUUUUCAUGUAGUAAUGUUUCCAUUAUUUUCAGUUGACAACACAACCUUUUUUCUUUGGAAACUUUUGACUUAUUUCUAGGUUAAAGAGACAUUUACUUGAUACACUGUCACCAAAGUUUAGAUACUAAUGAAAAGAUUUUCUCAAAUAAACCCACCCUAACGAGAAAGCUGGUCUGGAAAAUCUGAGGCAGGGUGUAUUUGAGUGGCAAUGCAAUUCCUUCUGGGAAAUGAAUGUUAGACUUACACAUCUGAAUUUUAUUUCAUCUGAACCCUUAUUUCAAACACUCUCUCUCUCUGUAUAUUCCUCAUCAAGAACAUGGGUGCCAGGGAAAACUUGGGUUUUUGAUCUCAUCCAAAAAAAUAUUUCGCCAUUUUUUCUCAGCCUGAAACUUUCCACAAUAGUUAGAGAAUUACUAUCCUCUAUGAAAAAAUGCACGGUUUCCUUUUUUGACAAAGUUUCAUGAAUUUAUAGCUGUUUAAUUUUUUAAGUGGCAGGAAAUCAACCACUUUACUCAAAAAAGACAAUUUAAUCCCUGGAAACUUUUUUUUCGCGCAAAACACGGUUAUUUAUGAAUCACCCGACUCCUAUACCAUUACCUUAUGUUACCUCCGUUGAGGGAAUAUGCAUUUUUUGACUUUUGAAAUUUUUCUGGUGUACUUGCACGUCUUGUACUAGAUUCAAAGCUCAAGAAAUGACAUUCAUGAAUUUUUUUCCAACUGGACUGAUACAAAAAAUUGUAACUUUGCUAGUUUAAGAGGGAAUUGACCAAAUAAAUUCACACAUACUAAUAAUAUUAUAAAGGAAGUGUGUGCAAAGUUCCAGUUCAUUCGACGAAAUUUUAUGUCAGUUUCGAUACUUUGAAUCGCAAAGAGUCAGUUUUUUUUCGUGGCGGGAAAUCAAACACGAAUUUAAAUCAGAAUAAAACUUGCAAUUUCUAACUAAAGUGCAUGAAAGUUAAUAGCAGAGUGUGCAACUGCAAGGACGAAAGUAUGAUGUAUUCUUUUUAUUAUUACCUGGCAUAUUUGGAACGAUUUUCAAGUGCAAAUACUAAAUGUGGCAGGAAAUCAACCAAAAUGCGCACUUUUUAUCAUCGAUGCAUUUAAGGGUAGAACUUGCAAAGAUUUUGGUUCUUUCUUUCGAAAAUCUACUAUUUUAUGGCAAUGUUAAUGGAGAUCACUUGAACAGAUCAACAAUUUGAGUAAUUCUAACGUGUAGUCAAAAUCGAUCGCUUAGGGUAGUGAACAAAACGGGCACAUUAUGUCACCCACUUUACAGCAAGUUUAGAUUAUAAUCGCCGUAUCUUUCCUUUUUUGCUGGAGGCUAUCCAAGAUAUUUCUAUCUCAAUACUGCCCACUUACCGCUAAUAAAAAAAUGAGUUUAAUUGUUGUUGGCUGAAAAUUGGUACAGGCCUAUACUGGGCAACAUACUGUAGAUUACACUGAGUUACACUGAAAAAAAAUAUAUACAUAUACAGUAUAUAUGUUAUUAAAUUUAUUUUCAAGUUUAGUGCCAUAUAUCGUCAGAGAAUGAGAAGGUGUUGAGCUCAAUUUGAAUUAAUUUGGUUGAAAAAUACAUUUCUUUACGAAUUAAACAGCAUUGGAAAGUUGAUAUAUAUACUUCGUGUAGCAUACAUGAACACAUCCAAGACCGACGAUCGACUAAUGGUGAGUUACGUUUUUUGUUCUCUGUAGUAAUUCAUUACUUUAACCUCUAGCAGGAUACAUACGGGCAAAUUAACCACCACAAAGGUUACAUAAGUACAUGAUACACCAGCUUUUACGCCGAUUUCACUCGUGCUUAAGCUCAAUUUGCCUACGUAGAUAAGAUCGUGAAUGCACAAAAUCGAUCGAUGUUUACAUUGAAGUAAAAUGUCUUUGAAAUUAUUAUGUUAACGUUAUUUAUACGUCUACGAGCUGGACAAAAUUGCAGUGCUCACCGCAAUAAACGAAUGCUGAAAGUUUAGGUAAAGAUCCAUUCUAAGCAUGAAACCUUUAAAUAUAAAACACUCUCUAUUAAGAUGUAUUAUAAACUAAGUUAUGUCCAAAUAAUGACGGCUAGUUGAGGGAAAAUGUUUCUCCUUUUGAGCGGAUUCACGAGGUGACACAGUCAAAUGUGUGGAUAUAUUUUUCCCAACGCAAUUUCUUAAUGUCAUGUCAAAAUCGAAUUCAAUUUCUUAUUGCACGACAAACAUACUUGGACAAAUAAAAGUUAAAAUUCAUAAAAGUUGUUGAUUAAAAGAUGUAAAUUCCAGUAAGAUACCAUUCUGUAGCCACAAAGUCAUAAACGGUUUAAGUUUUAGCAUCGCUUUCUUUCAAUGGGAAAAUGUUCACUUGUGACUACUAUACAUGCCCACCAUUCAUCCGUUUAUGUACUAUUUGGGAGGGGCUACAAUGGAAUUCUGAAAGUAACAGCCCCCGUUGCUUUCGCAUUUGGCAGGCCAAAAGGGUCAACACUUUUGGCCAUCUGAUUGGAAGGUUGAAAAAUUUUAGUAUUUUAACAGCCGUUUUUCACAAACAGUAAGGAAACAUAUUUUUUGCGCACCAGUUAUUUCGUUAUAGGUUUUCUACAAACUAGAGAACGUUAUUUGGAAUGUAGAGCACUUGAAUGAACGAAGAGCACUUCAUGUUUUAUUCAAUGUUCAUGAAAAUAGGGGGCGGCUGUUUAGUAUUUGCUGUUUAUAAUAACAUUGGAGACUAUUCAUAUUUUACCAGUACAGUAUUCAAUUCACUGGUAACUUUACUUUUGAAGGGGGGCGGGCAUUACUCUUGGAAUUCAAGCGUAUUGCGACCUAAAAGACUACAAAGUCAAGAUUGUCAUUCUUACUUGCAGAACUUUAUUUGUUCGUCUACGUUUCCCUUUCAUAGUUCCACUGUGGUAGUGUGUAUUGUCGAUUGUGUGUAUUCUCGCAAAUCGUCAACAUGGAGAAGAUGAGUAAGUUGAUAGAACUUGCGAGAAAUGGAGAUGAACUUGCUCUGAGAGAAUUGAACCUUGACAAACCAGUAAACGUGCGGUUAGACGCACCUUACGCUAAUGUGGGAAUUAUCCGGCUGACCUGCGAAUAUGAAACGGCCCGAGGAAUCAUAGCUGCUGCGGAACGUCUUCAGCUGUGGACACUGGCCGGAAGUUGCCGAAACAAAAUCAGAUAUCUCGAAUUUAUCGCUAAGGCGUACUGUAAGACAACUCUGGAGAACAGGCCUAUCUCAGGAGAUGUUGUUGCUAAUGUCAUGAAAGAUUUGUUAGAGGAAAUGAAUGCCAGAGAACGCAGAGAGAUAGCAGCUGAGGCGGAAAGUGAAACUCAAGCGGAUUUGAGGAAAGUGGAGGGGGAGAAAUGGCAAGUGGCAAGAAGCAAAGAGAAGAAAAACAAAGAGAGCAAGGGGGAGGAAAGUCAAAGUAGCUUGUCAGAUAAAGAGGACACUGACAAGGUGAUGGACGUGGAGUACAGAAAAGGGGAGAAAAGAAAAGAGAAGAAUACUAAAGGGAGAGAGGAUGAAAUUCAAAGUUCGUCAUUAAAUGCAGCAGACAUCAGUGACAAUGUGGAGGAAGAAAAAGGAGAAGAGGCAAAAGGCAAAGAUAACAAAGGGAAGAAAGAAAGAAGUAAAACAAGUGAAAGUUCAUCACCAUCUGACUCAGAAGACAAAAGGUCAGUAACAAGACACAACAAAGGGAAUAAAACAAAGACUGCUAAGGUAACCACCAAUAAUUCCAAGGUACGAACGUGCCCCUUGUGCAAGAUACAAGUUAGUCAUCUCAGGAGACAUGUGGUUGCCCGUCAUGUAAAUAAAGGAGAAAGGCUGGCCGUAUCACAGCUCGAGUCCAUACUCCAGGCCGCCAUUCAUGGAGAGGAGAAACGAGGAAAAAGACGAAAGGAAAAGCGGCUGGGAAAGAAAGUUUCUUUCAAAGGUAGAGUCCGGGAAAAGUGUGCACUGUGCGACAAGGCCGUGUUGGCAAUGACAACGCAUCUUCAGCGCACUCACAAACUAAAGAAGGAUGAUUCCAUUUAUAAAAACGCAAUGAAAAUGCGCAGGCCAUACGAGGGAAAAACGAAGGAGAUAAAGAGCUGCAAGAGGAAAGCAGAAAACCAGCCAAUGGCAAGUCAAAGUAAGAAACGAAGUUUGACCCCACUGGGUAUGCUCGUACAAGCGGACUUCCCCGAACUUCUUGACAAUGACAGUGAUGAGGAAGAUACAGAUUUUGAAAUAUCGAGUGAUGAUGACAGCCACAUCUCGUUAGAGUCAUCUGAGUCCAUCAAUGUUUUUCCACUUACUCCGGACAGGCAGAACGGGACGAAAACCGUACUACUUAAAAGGAGAAGCAUCGAAGAAGAGGAUUUCAACGAGGAGAGAGAAAGGAUAGAAGAGAAAGACAAGGAAGAAAGCAAGGAUGAUGAAGAUGAAGGUUCAGAUAAUGAGGAUGAGGAUGAGGGUGAGGAUGAAGAUUUACAGAGCAAUGAUGAAGAUGAGGAUUUAGAUGAGGAUACUGGGGAUGAGGAGUGGGAAGAGUUGGUUGUGAGAGAAUUUUACAAAGGUAGACCCAAAGGUUUCAGGCACCAACUUCUUAAGUAUUUUUACGAACAUCUGCAAGACCUUGGUGGUGGAGCAAACAAAGAAAGGCAGGCCUGCAUCCACGCCCAAAAUGUGCGCAAGCUUCUAGAUCAGCUCGAUCCAAAGAACGAUACCAUCAGUUGUAUCAUUGAAGAUGGGGGCAUGCACAUGUGGCGGGACUGGGGCAAACCAAUCUUGGAACAGAACAAGAUGAAACCUGGCACUGUUAAAGCUUAUUUGUCCUCGGUGGGAAAAUUCCUGAAGUUCAUUAUCAACAAAGUAGCGGACGAGACGAGAGAUUUUCCGAGCAUUGACGAGCGGUCUUUGCGAUUGGCCAAUAAUGUUCUCAAUCGCCUUCCUGACUGGAGAACAGCAAUUUCCAGAAAGUUCAGUCACAAGAAAUGGGAGAAAGUGCUGGAAGUAUCCAGAAGGUUGCCACCAGCAUCUACUAUUAAUGACUUGAUGUCAACCGAUCCAGCCAAAGAGGCCAUAACAAUUCUUAACAAGAGCAGCACUGGGCACCUCGUUAGCUCUCGGGAAUUUAUCAGCGUGCGAGAUUUUCUCAUUGUUCGACUUGAACUAGAAAAUGCGCAACGGCCAGGUCCCUUGGAAACAGCCACAGUAUCCAACUUCAGAGAGGCUGAGCAGGGUGAUGACGGCAGCUACACCAUGUACUGUCCUAAGCACAAGCGAUCCAUCGACGGCCCAGCUAGGAUUUGCAUGGAUGCAGAAACUCAUGCCAAUGUGUGCACGUACAUUGACUAUGUGCGAGGUGUCUGUGCCGAAGAUAACGAGGAAGCCCUGUUUGUGACGUUGGAGGGAAAAGCCUUUGAUCAUAGCAACAUCGGAAAGAGGAUAACCGCCUUUUGGUUUAAGGCGAAGCAAAUUAAAUUGUCGAGCACUGAUGUAAGGAAGAUAGCCUCUUCAGCAACGUUUGAAAUGAACGUCGUCGAAAAGAGGGCUAUCAACGAACACAUGGCUCAUAAAGAGGGAACGGCGGAUCACUAUUACAACAUUGGUCACAUUACCAAGAAGUCUUCCAGAGGUCACCAACUACUGAAGAAGACCCUCAAUUUGGACACGUCAGUGACAACAAGAUCGAAACAAGAAACCGAGUCGGCAAUUUCAGCUAGGUGUAACAAUGAAGAAUUGGAGCCAAGAAUAAACGAAGGAGGACUCACCGAUAGUCAAGUAGAAGUCAUCGAAAUGCUGUUUUCCAGCCAUAUAGUUUCUCAAGCACCACUCACGUUUGACAUUGUGAGAACAACCAUCGAGGAGCACAUGGAUUUACGGGAAUUCAUAAAUGAUUCUAAGAUGGUCAAAAAAAUCUACGACAAAGUGUGCUACCUGAGACGCAAAGAAAAGCAGAACAUGGUGUUACCGUCAAGUGACCCUCAACCAUCUUCGAGUAGAACACAAGCAUGGGUUAACGCCAUUACUGAAACAGAAUCUGGGCCUGUUACUUGCUCACGAUCGAAAUCGAAAUGGAAUCAGCCGGAUGAAAAAUACGUUGAAAACUUCUUUUCCAAAUAUUCUGUGCGGCCAAACAAAGAAGAGUUGAGGACUCUAUUUAAUUCUAACAUCGGCCUGAAGGAUAUCCUUAACAGAAACGACGGGGACUUUGAGCGUUGUUAUAACAAAGUGAAAUACGUUUUCAAAAAAAUGGAGAGAAAAUAGAGACGUUACCACAGAGGAAAAGUCUGCUUAUGAACAGUGUACGGUCAUAGGGUGGCUGAACACAGUUUUUUUGCGCGCGCUCGUGCUGAUGCGAGGCAGCGCGCACACAAAGAUUGCAAAAACAAGCAUGGCGCCGAUAAAUCGAUAGUUUUUUUUUGUUCUAUACCUGUUCCAUAUGUGUCUUUUCCUUCUUACAACAAUUUUGCAGGAUUUUCGUCAUGGCGGGAACCCAAUUGAAUGCAGAGCAUUCGCAGUUGAACAAAACAUUGCGAAUGGAUAAUUUUUUGACCAUCUCGACCUUCUUGGAAAGGCGCGUGUUACUGCGAAUGAACAAAACCUGACUUUAAAGGCAUAUUUUUAUACAGUCAUGUUACCAUGGAAACGACACACACGCCACCCUAACUAUCAAAAUACGAUAGUCUAUCCUUUUAAUUGAUGUCUGGCACAAUUUGGCGACCCAGAGAUAAGCGGUUUAUAAAAAUGGCAAAUGCGGUGCAGGUAUCAGAAACUGUGUUCAGCCACCUUAAGUAGCCACAUAUGAACAGUGUACGGUCGUUUAAGUAGCCACAUAUGAACAGUGUACGGUCGUUUAAGUAACCACAUAUGAACAGUGUACGGUCAUUAAAUUAUUAACCCGAGAAAAGGAUGGUCUUUGGUUCCAGUCAAUAAUUAACACUAGACUUUUAUCCUUACUUUCGGGAUAAUACUCUUGCAUCAGGGAAAGCAGAGAACCAACUUCCAAAAACUUGAAAACAAAUUCCCACAUCAUGAUGUUAGAAUGAAAAUAUUAAUCUCAGAUGGCCAGCGACGGAAAUAUUAAGAUCGAAGGAACACUCCAAAUUGUUCAUGUGAUACUGUUAAAUGAUCACAAACAAGCUAUUAAGCCAUUUGAUGUCAUUCUAAAGUAAUCGAUGAGAGCACGUAGUGAAAAGUUUAGGGACGAAAAAAAAAAAUAAAAGCAAGGUUUAAAAAAUAAACUAAAUGCAAAAUGCUAUAGUACGUUUAUUGAUAUACACACCUAGAGACUAAAACAAUAAUUACCGUUAGAACUGUGAAAUCCUCCAUCGUUUUACUCCGUCAACAAUUAAGGGGACAUUAACAGGGCGUGACAUCAACCACCCGGCAUGGCAUCAACCACCCGGCGUGUGAUCAACCACUAAAUAAGGCGGGACAUCAACCAACGGCGGGACAUCAACCAAAAUCGGGUCACGUUAUCAACCACGGGGCGGGACAUCAGCCAUAUGGCGGGAAAUCGACCAAAAUUGAGGCGGGGUAUCAACAAGCAUAUCUCUCUCUCUCUCUCUCUCUCUCUCUCUUUAGAUUCAUGAGUGAGUGUUUGCUACGCGUUUUCUCUAUGCCUAUUUAAAUUAAGUAAAAGUUUUUUUUUUAAAGUAUUUAACAAUUCUAGCCAAAAGAAUAUUGCUUUUUAGCUCUCUUCUAUGCAAAACCAACGUUAUUAAAGUUUAAUUGUUGUUCGCAUUUCGUCACUGAAAAGUCAGAAGGUAGCAAAUACCCAAACCUAGGUACAUCAAUCAUUUUUUUAAAAUUCAAAAACUUUUCCGGAUAUCAAAGGUCUUCUAAAUGUUCUUCUUUGCCGUAAAAGCCUUCUGAGUUCUGUCGUUUUAAAAUUUUUUCUGUGAAGACCAUUUUUAGCAAAAAGUGCGCUUCUGGGUAUGUAGGUGUACAAGACUUGAAACUUUGGAACCCAAACAUUUCUAAAAAUGCGUUUUUCGCAUUAUUUCACUUUUAGUUCAUUCUAAUGUCAUGAUUUUCGCAUGCAUGGAUGACGCAUUAUUUUUAAGAAUUUACAACGUGUUUACAAGCUAUUCCAUUCAUUUUUUAUCAAUUUUACGAGCGAAAUUCUGCAUGUAGCAAAUACCCAUUUUAUGUAGCAAAUACCCACUUGUAAGUAGCAAAUACCCACUUUGCCAAAUUGAUGGGACAUUUUUACUUAUAAAACUUGAAUAAAGCGGAAUUCUGGUAAUUUGUUUGCAUAGCUAAAAGACGCCUUGUGAAAGGGAACAUGGAAAAUAAUUUAAACAUUUUUAAAAGUGUUAUUAUUUGAAUUAAAGCAGAAAUAUCGUGACUGAGCGACAUUCAAGUUAAAAAGAGAAGCGGAGCAAUAUUGACAGUUAAGAUGAUUUCCCUGCCUAGUGUACUAAUUGAAUUAACAAAAUAAAGCUUUUUAGACCAUUUUUACUGAUCACGUGGACAACAACAAUUUUUUUCACGUCGGCAACGUAGGGGUGGUUACCCAAUCCCCGAGCCUAAUGGCUCAUGUUAAAAACGCUCGACAAAGAUGAUAAAAACGCAAAAAUAUCACUUAGCUCCCGAUGCUGAACUUCCCUGAAACCCUACCAGCCCUAAUCACCUAACAUUAUAGCCCUAACCCCAAGCCUAAUUACCAAUUCAUAACCCUACCUCUACAAUUGUAUACUAAUACACUUAUAGGCUUACAGCCAAGCGUAGUUAUGCGAGAUAGGCCAGACUUAAAUUCCGAUAAAGUGGUUGCUGAUUUAAUUGAAGAUGGUAACUGGUUCCAAGAAUGAGAGAUAGUGUAUGAAAAGAGCUCUGAAUAUGGCUAGAGGUAUUUACAGGCUGGGAAACAUUAAGAGCAGAGGAGCGCAAAUUGUAAUGACAGACUCUAGGUGUAAAAAAAUUAGAAAUAUACGAAGCUUCCUGUCGCUUGUAUACCUUAAACAUGAUUAAAGACGCAGUAAAACGUCUUGGGUUAAGGUGUCCAUACUAGCAGGCCUGAGACAGUCUUUGUACUCAGUAGAUCUACUUAAAUUAAGCACAGUUCUUAACGCGUAAAAAUACAUUUUUCCAGCUUAUUUUUUUCAGGGAAGUAGAUUCCCAACAAAAGAGGGGAACAGUAAAUGAUACCCUUUCAUGUACAGGGAUUCCACCUUAAGUUUGCUAGCACAAAAUUUAGAUACUCUUACUAAAUGCGCAAACGGCUAAUUUUCAGAAGAGACAUGACGCUUUACUUUACAAACAUGGCCACUGGUUUUUCGAUAGAUUUUAUUGCUGUUAAUUGGAUUUAUGAGCAAAACUCUACACCUAGCAAAUUCCCAUUUUAUGUAGCUUAUCACAUACAGGGCAAAAUUACUAAGUGCUGAUUGGCUGAGACAGAGGGCAUUUUUUCUUAAUCACGAGGGUACUUUUGGUAAUCAAAAGGGCAUGAUUACUUGAUCUUGAUUGGUUUAAAGUUGCUUUGUAAUGAAGUUAUUGCUUAGAUUUGUUGCCGAUUAAAAUUUUCUGCAACAAUGGCUUCCCAUUUUGUUGAAGAGUUUAUUGAGGAACUACUAAACACAAGUGAGCACAAAAACACAAAAAGUACGGACUACUGGACUAACAUUUUCCAACAAUGGGCAAAGACAAGAGGAAAAAAUGAGCAAUGUCGCGGCAUUGAACGGGCUUCCUAAAAGAAUAACGUCGCGCGUGAAUGGAUUCCCGCGAUAAUUUUGCCCUUUAUGUGAUAAACAAGAAAUCGCAAGUGCCCUCGGGCAAUUAAGGAUUAAUUUCACUGGUGUUUUCAAAGUUUGGAAAUACGCGUGAAAUUAAUCCUUAAUUGCCUGAGGACCCAUGCGAUUACAUAUACAUAUCCUAUUGACAGCUCGCAUACAAGUUUGGGCGUGCGUGUUGAUCAUCCUUAAAGCUCUAUGACAAUGGCGAUUUUAGCUGCAAUUUCACCGGUUUGUGAGGUUUACAGAGCGAUAUAAAUAUUUUUAAAAGCAAGUGGAUAUUAGUUAAAGGUUAAUGGACAUCGUAGAAAGACAACAAUAGAUAAAGUCUUAAGUAUUCUAAUGUUAUCUUUGUAUUGGCUCAUUUAGAAUAAAACACCAAUAUUUAGGAAGGGGUUAUGCGAUAUCGCUCUAUUAUGACGACAAAAAAGUUGCACUAGGGUAAAGUUAAACCCAUAAAAAAAUAUUUAACUGUUAACAUGUAAUAGUUCAAUAGACACUAAAGGAAACAACGAAAUUAGUGGUUAAUAAAGUGUGUUAGUCUAAUAUGUAUUUCACGGGCUUAGUGACUUCACCCUAAACUUUUCGAAAACGUCAUGAAACUUCCACAAAAUCUCAACUGGAACUGCACUUAAAAAGACAAUAUAUUGCAGGUUCAUGACAACGAGUCUCAAAGUAAACUCUUUUAAUUCCAGAUAUAAGCUUUAUCACUUGGAGCUAAGUUUUUAAACGACAACUUUUGCUUUAUGAAAAAUUCAACUUUAUAACACCUCGCAACAAGACCAAGACAAGUUAAAUCUUUUUCAUAGAAGUCGAUGUCCUACACACAUCAGUCACCAAGACAAAUUCUAUGACUCUUAAGGCCGAUUUCCACGAUGCGAUUGUAGUAUAUGACUCUUAAGGCCGAUUUCCACGAUGCGAUUGUAGUAUAUGACUUGAUGCAUGUGACCCGAAUCAUACCAUAUAAACGGUCAUUCGUCAGGUCGUACACGACCCUAUGACUUGUCGUUCGAACCUUAACACACGAAGAAAUUGCAUUGUGUAAAUCGGCCUUUUUAGGGAAUAUUGACUUACUUGAAAUAAAACGAUCAACCAUAAAAUGACUGGCAAACGGUUAAAGAAAAUAACAUGUUAACAAUAUAGGACUCAAUUAUGUUGUAACCCUGAAUACAUAAAGACAAGAAAUGUUCAAUGUCAACUAAUGUUCAAAUAUAAUGCAAGAACCACAGGAUCAAACUACUACUUUCUCUUCAUCUUUUGACGUUUGACUUCUUUUCGUACCUUGUCCGCCAAACGUUGUUUUUGCCUCAAAAGAAGCUCCUCAUCAUCGGUUCCGAAGACCAACCCGGUUUUCCAUGCUUUCUCAUCAUUUAUCACCCGUUCCCAAACGACCUCUCUUUUUACUGCGUUGUUUUCAAUCAUAUCCUGAGUUAACGAUAGGAGAUGGUCUGUUUGUUCAUCGGUGAACUUACUCCAUGAUGGCUUUGCAGAUUCAGAUGCGAUGGAUGGAGCUCUGGAAGACAUAAACCGUUCUAUCUUCUGUUCAGGAGACUCAACUUCAGUUGGUGGUUCUAAGUUUUUGGUAAAUUCUGAUCGAAGCCUUCUCACUUUCAACACAAUUGCCUUCAUGGAGUGUGUUUCCAACAGGUUGGAAGCACCAAGUUUAUCUCUGACAAUGUUUUCAGUUAUGUUACCAGUCUCAAUUUCAGACUUGAAUAAAUCUUGAAGUUUUGAGGUCUCUUCCUCGGUCCACUCGACAGGAAUUAUUGAUACCUAAAAGAAAUCAGAAUUCGUAUGCCAAUUGUUAUUCAAAUUACUACGAUUGGUAUGCAUUAUAAGAGUACUUACCUCUGUCUUUGCGCAGUUCAUGGUGAUAAAUUUUCUGACAGCACGACGCCCAAUAUCUGUUUCUCUAACUUUGUCAUUGAUGCGGUAAUAUUGAGCUUGUGUUUGAGGUUUGUGCUGUGCAAGGGCAGCCAGUUGUUCUUGAUCUUCAGGCAAAUGGACAUGCACUCCUGAUGCCAGAGAUUUUCUUAUCAAGGUUGCGGAGAUGCGACCGUGAAACUUCACACCCUCCCUUUGAAAUGUACGAGUCAGACACGUGGAUACUUGCGAUGAAGUAAGUUUAACGCCAUUGGUUGAAACGAACAUGUUAUCUGUGGCAUCUUUGACGUACUUAGGCCUCACCCUUGAGAUAUACGUAUUCACCAGAUUGUAAACAUCAGCAUGAAACCAUACAAUGGCUGCCCCAUAAACACCUCCUGUCUUGUGAUUCUUAACUGAUACGCGGUAUCUCUCCAUCUUCUUCUCCAGCGUACAGUUUAGCAUCUUUGAAUUCCUCCACUGUUAUAUUUGCUGCAAUACCACUUCUUCCGGAGUUGUCAAUUAUUAAUCUUGUAAUCAGCCAAUCCCUUACUUCGCAAAAGGUCUGAUCGUUGACCAGCACAGGUUCUCCACAAGCUUUGCUUUUCUCCGCAGCUGUUCCAAGCGCUUUAAUUAUGUUUAUUCGCUGUUGUCCAUUUGACACUUUAUAUAGAUCUUCGCUAGAAAGGAGUUUUGCAAAGUCCAUGUCAUGUUUCUCUAAUUUCCUUUUCAGCACCUUCUUUCUUUGAGCAGAUGACCACGAAGUUAAAAGAUCUCUCCUUGCAUGAAGUGUGUCUAAUCUAUCUUGCCCUUUCUCUUCUUGCACAAGGAAUUUAAGGAAUAGCCUAAGGCUCAUUAGGUAUGAUCUAAUGGUUCCAGGUUGAUACUCCUCAGAUAGUUGACCCAACCACUUCCUCAACAUUACCACUCCGUCAUGCCCCUCGACAGUAACAAGAUCUAUUUCAUUUGCUGCUUGAGGGAAAUCUUCUGAAAGAACUUUCAUGAUGCGUUUUACCUGUGACUUGUACUGACCAGCCACUUUUGCGCAGCGAUAACCCCCGUCUACGUCUAUCAACCAGGAAUGAAACUCGUUAAGCAGUGGGCUGUCAUCACUACUAUCAUUGUCUUCAAAACUGACAUCAUCUUCCAUCUCUUCAAGACAGUCGUCAUUAUCAUCAUCAUCGCUAUCGUAUACUGAUGAUUCAUCAUCAUUCAUAACUUCCUUAGGCACUUUACCUUGUGAAAGAUUGCUUUGGGAGUCAGUAUUACCAGCGUUCUUUUUCUUUCAAAAACAACAUCAACCACGCUCUUCCAUUCUGGUUCCACACGAAGAAAAUCGAGAUUAUCUACGUUUUCCACGAAAUCAGUUAAAAUGUCAUCCCUUUCUUGCAACGAGCAGUUAUCUGACAAGCUUCCAGUGCUACACUCUGAUUCGGAGUCCAGGGAAGGGUGAUAGUUUGGGUCUAAAAUUUCCUCUUCUUCACUGUCGCAUAUAACUAUUUCACUAGAUUUGGUAUUACCAGCCGUCACUGGUGGUUGAGGUGGUUGGAUUACUUGGUCAGCAUUUUUGCGGUUGUUUAACUCUUCAGAUAGCUCGGCAUCGCUUUCACACUGGGAGGACAUCAUAGACACUAACUGUUUAAAGCUUCGCUUCUUGCACUCUUCAUUUCUUUUCCACACGUUAUCCACAAGUUGAUCAUACUCCAAAUCGCUGUCAUGGUCAUCAUGUGUAUCACCUACCUUUGAUUCCAUUUGAUCCAUUACUUUUUCAUACUCCAAAUUACUGUCAUGAUCAUUGCCUGAAUCUCCACUUUCUUCAUUAUGUAGCUUGUGUUCCACUUUAUCAACUUGCUGAUCAUACUCUAAUUUGCUGUCAUCAUCAUUGUACGUCUCUCUUACCUUUGAUUCACAACUUUCUUCAUUAUGUAGUUUGCGCUCCUCUGCAUUACUAUUGGAGGAGGUCGGUGCGAGGUGCCCAGGGUUACUCACGUUUCUGCUGAUAGUUGCUUCUCCUUCAGGAUUUUCUAAUAAUUGAUCAUCCGAGUCAUUUUCAAUUUCUUCCUCAGCUUCGAUUCUAUUCACCAAACUAUACUCAUUUUCCUUGUCACCCUUGUAAAAUUUCACCCUUUUUGCGGCCUUUCCACGUACAGGUGAUUUUGAUUCGAUUUUUCUCUUUUUAGGACCAUCUUUAGUUGUGGCGCUCUUUGCUUUGGAUUUCUUUCUCUUGGCAAUGUGAUCUCGUAGCUCUUGAAGCCCAAUUCUCGGAGCAGAUUUAAGCGCAUCUAAGUAUUGGUUUGAGUUGGGAUUAAGCUUGUGGAUAUUUGACUGUAAAUGAUGAUGAAGUUGAAAGACACCUUUCUUUGAAUGCUUGCAUGGAGAUAACGGACAAAACUUUAUCUUCCUAUUAGGCGCUUUCUUGUUUCCAUUUAUAUAUACAUCUACCUGACGAAAAAUCUUAUUCACUUUAUGUACAUCCUUCUGAUGACGAGAUAAAUUUAUAACUGAUUUCCCACAUCUCGAACACACUUUAGAUUCCCGAGACUUUUUCCUUAUUUCAGAACUACCUUCCAUGGUUACUAUAAUACAAACAAAUAGAAAACUGAUCUCAAUGAUAGAGUUGACAAUGGUUAGCACAGCAUAACAGAUGAGUAGAAUGAUCUGACAAUGAUCAACACAGCAUAAAAGAUAAUUAAAAUGAUUUGACAGUGAUGAACACAGCAUAAAAGAUGAUUUCAAUGAUUUGAAAGUGAUAAACACAGUAUAACAUGAUUACAAUGAUUUGACAGUGAUCAACAGAGUAUAACAGAUGAUUUAACAGUGAUCUACACAGCAUAACAGAUGAUUAGAAUGAUUUGAAAGUGAUCAACAAAGCAUAACAGUUGAUUAGAAUGAUUUGACAGUGAUAAACACAGCAUAACACAUGAUUGCAAUGAUUUAACAGUGAUCAACACAGCAGAACAGAUGAUUAAAAUGAUUUAACAGUGAUCAACACAGCAUAACACAUGAUUGCAAUGAUUUAACAGUGAUCAACACAGCAGAACAUGAUUAAAAUGAUUUAACAGUGAUGAACACAGCAGAACAGGUGAUUAGAAUGAUUUGACAGUGAUCACUAGAGUAUAAGAAAUGAUUGCAAUGAUUUAACAGUGAUCAACACAGCAUAACAUAUGAUUAAAAUGAUUUAACAGUGAUGAACACAGCAGAACAGAUGAUUAGAAUGAUUUGACAGUGAUCACUAGAGUAUAAGAAAUGAUUGCAAUGAUUUAACAGUGAUCAACACAGCAUAACAUAUGAUUAAAAUGAUUUAACAGUGAUGAACACAGCAGAACAGAUGAUUAGAAUGAUUUGACAGUGAUCACUAGAGUAUAAGAAAUGAUUGCAAUGAUUUAACAGUGAUCAACACAGCAUAACAUAUGAUUAAAAUGAUUUAACAGUGAUCAACACAGCAGAACAGAUGAUUAGAAUGAUUUGACAGUGAUCACUAGAGUAUAAGAAAUGAUUACAAUGAUUUAACAGUGAUCAACACAGCAUAACAUAUGAUUAAAAUGAUUUAACAGUGAUCAACACAGCAGAACAGAUGAUUAGAAUGAUUUGACAGUGAUCACUAGAGUAUAAGAAAUGAUUGCAAUGAUUUAACAGUGAUCAACACAGCAUAACAUAUGAUUAAAAUGAUUUAACAGUGAUGAACACAGCAGAACAGAUGAUUAGAAUGAUUUGACAGUGAUCACUAGAGUAUAAGAAAUGAUUGCAAUGAUUUAACAGUGAUCAACACAGCAUAACAUAUGAUUAAAAUGAUUUAACAGUGAUGAACACAGCAGAACAGAUGAUUAGAAUGAUUUGACAGUGAUCACUAGAGUAUAAGAAAUGAUUGCAAUGAUUUAACAGUGAUCAACACAGCAUAACAUAUGAUUAAAAUGAUUUGACAGUGAUCAACACAGCAGAACAGAUGAUUAGAAUGAUUUGACAGUGAUCAACACAGCAUAACAGAUGAUUAGAAUGAUUUGAUAGUGAUCAACACAGCAUAACAUAUGAUUAAAAUGAUUUAACAGUGAUGAACACAGCAGAACAGAUGAUUAGAAUGAUUUGACAGUGAUCACUAGAGUAUAAGAAAUGAUUGCAAUGAUUUAACAGUGAUCAACACAGCAUAACAUAUGAUUAAAAUGAUUUAACAGUGAUCAACACAGCAGAACAGAUGAUUAGAAUGAUUUGACAGUGAUCACUAGAGUAUAAGAAAUGAUUGCAAUGAUUUAACAGUGAUCAACACAGCAUAACAUAUGAUUAAAAUGAUUUAACAGUGAUCAACACAGCAGAACAGAUGAUUAGAAUGAUUUGACAGUGAUCACUAGAGUAUAAGAAAUGAUUACAAUGAUUUAACAGUGAUCAACACAGCAUAACAUAUGAUUAAAAUGAUUUAACAGUGAUGAACACAGCAGAACAGAUGAUUAGAAUGAUUUGACAGUGAUCACUAGAGUAUAAGAAAUGAUUGCAAUGAUUUAACAGUGAUUAACACAGCAUAACAUAUGAUUAAAAUGAUUUAACAGUGAUGAACACAGCAGAACAGAUGAUUAGAAUGAUUUGACAGUGAUCACUAGAGUAUAAGAAAUGAUUGCAAUGAUUUAACAGUGAUCAACACAGCAUAACAUAUGAUUAAAAUGAUUUAACAGUGAUGAACACAGCAGAACAGAUGAUUAGAAUGAUUUGACAGUGAUCACUAGAGUAUAAGAAAUGAUUGCAAUGAUUUAACAGUGAUCAACACAGCAUAACAUAUGAUUAAAAUGAUUUAACAGUGAUCAACACAGCAGAACAGAUGAUUAGAAUGAUUUGACAGUGAUCACUAGAGUAUAAGAAAUGAUUGCAAUGAUUUAACAGUGAUCAACACAGCAUAACAUAUGAUUAAAAUGAUUUAACAGUGAUCAACACAGCAGAACAGAUGAUUAGAAUGAUUUGACAGUGAUCAACACAGCAUAACAGAUGAUUAGAAUGAUUUGACAGUGCUCAACAAGGCAUAACAGAUGAUUAGAAUGAUUUGACAGUGCUCAACAAAGCAUAACAGAUGAUUAGAAUGAUUUGACAGUGAUUAACAAAGCAUAACAGUUGAUUAGAAUGAUUUGAAAUUUAUCAACACAGCAGAACAGAUGAUUAGAAUGAUUUGACAGUAAUCAACACAGCAUAACAGUUUAUUAGAAUGAUUUGACAGUGAUCAACAAAGCAUAACAGUUAAUUAGAAUGAUUUGACAGUGAUCAACACAGCAUAACAGUUGAUUAAAAUGAUUUGACAGUGAUCAACACAGCAUAAGAGAUGAUUGCAAUGAUUUGACAGGGAUUGAAAUAGGAUAAGAGAUGAUCACAAUAAAUAAUAGCAUCGAAAAUAACUUAUCCAAAGUCCUGAAACAUCGAUCGAUGUUUUGUUGCUAUCAAGGGAAUUUCUGUUUAUAAAAAGCAAUUUUAUUUUUUAAGUAAGAGCUUUCACCCACUUCAUUGUUAGAACAAAGCAGAAAAAAUGCAUUCUACGAUUCAUAUCUAUAUGAUUUGGAAGUUAAAUAUAAGUAAACCGAUAAUUAUGUAAGAUAUUACGAAGGCCAAUCAUUCUUCAAGUUUAUCGGCUUUUUUUCAAAAAUAUUGUAAAAAUAUAUCGACACUUAUACCUUGGAUGCUUGCAAAGCGUAUUUCGUUGAUAACCACUUGCUUAAGGGACGAAAUAUAACAAGAAACCUAUGUUGAUCUUAUUUUCUUACCGUUUGAAAGUUGCCGUCAUCGACGAACACGUGAAACACGAAAACGAAAGUUGAAGUGUGUGAACGCUGACCGCUAAUGAUGUACUUCUUCGGUAAUAAACCGUAGAACCAAAAAAAUAGUUUUCUUUAAUAUGAAACCUUGAAAUAGGUAAAAAAUUUGUCAAAUACCUAUUUUGAGUAUUUGCUACGGUAACAAAACCCAUUUUGAGUAUUUGCUACGGUAACAAAUACCCACUUGGGAGUAGCAAAGACCCAGAUGAGUAUUGGCUACCGUAGCAAAACCCAUUGAACGUAUCAAAUACCCACAUGGGUAUUUCCUACCGUAGCAAAACCCACAUGGGUAUUUCCUACCGUAGCAAAAACCCUCAAUGGGUAUUUUGUACCGUAGAAAAUACCCACAAGAAUCUAACCACGUAGCAAAUACCCAGAUCACUCUAGCUCUCUCUCUCUCUCUCUCUCUCUCUCUCUCUCUCUCUCUCUCUCUCUCUCUUUCUCUCUCUCUCUCUCCCCCCCCCUAGCUGAAGGAGAUCCAGAUAGAAUCAUUGCUUAAUAAUAUUAUAGAUCUGGGGAGAUGCUUUAAGGGUAAUCUGAAGUGCUAAGAUCUUGAAGGGUGAUGGCACGAAUCAACUAACACCUAUCAUUAUUAACAAAGGAUAAUUGAACCUGAUUAAAAUUGAUAAAACAAAACCAUUCCUCAGAUUUACUUCAUGGGGAUCUUGGAUAGUCGUACAAACCAUUAAUCCCUCAAACAUAUUGGUAUAACAAUUUUAUCAAUUAAUAACCAAGCCACUUGUGGUGAUGAGUCAACACACUUUGCUGUAGGUUCACCUGAGCUUUUGCCACUACAUGAGAUGAGAUGCGAGGAAAGAGAGGACAAUGGUGAAACUGUUCACGGUAUGGUUGCUAAGAUUUACUUCACAACCUUUAGCAUGGUACUUAGUUAAGAUUGAUGACAUGAAUCCUAUACACCUUAACAUCAGUAUGCAUAUUCUCCAUACUGUUCUCUAUACAUUUCCUAAUGUGCUGACAAGGACGUUUGUUAAACAAUCAUGAGAUUCUUCAGUUGAUUAUCAUUUCCUUUAUUCUCACGACCUUAAUGUUUGAUUCAGGGGUGAUAUUAAAAAGAGAAAUUAAAUGCUAGUCACUCUCUGAGUGGUUCAAAGUUUUAACGUGCCUAUUGACUGAGUUUUUUUUGAUUUUCAUCAGCACUCAGCUAAAUGGAAGCUAAAACCGCACUAUUGUUUCCUUGUGAAAUUGCCUUCUUGAAUUCUUUUGGUCUCUGUUUGACCAAAAUGGUAACAGGUAUACACCCGUGAAAUAGUUCUCUGAACAAAGCCCUUCAUUUGGCGCUGUUCCUCAUGAGCGCUGUUGCCUCUUCUCUAAUAUUCAAUGCAAUUAUUAUAUUUUUUAACAAGGCUUAAACAAAAUGCCUAAUAUUAACCGUUAGUUUUAAUGAUGGCCGAACUGGAUAAACCACAUACACUCUCUCCCCUAUCAUCAUACCUUUCCAUUUAUGCAAUAUCCCUUGCAACUGGAAAAGCUUACUUGCCAGUGAAUUCACCAUAAUUAAAUUCAUUCAAUUACAGUUCGCUAUGAUGGCCAAGGAGACGACAAAGAUUGUUUUCUAACGAAUGAAAUCCCCAAAGGUAUGUAAAUGAGUGACAAUUAAUGAAUCUCCGUCCUUUGAGUGUAAGAUUAAUGUUAUUAGCAAGUAAGAAGCCUUCAUCACACACUGUUCCCGCCUGCAGUACCCACUCCUCUUCUAGGCGUUAACCAGCAGCUUCCUAAAAUGAACAUUAUUGUGAUGAUGAUAAUGAUGAUUAUUGCGACUACUUUUUUUUUCUUUUUAACUUUGUCUAUUUAAUUGCUCUUUCGUUAUAUAAGACUUCAAGCUCGCCGACUUCCCAUAUGCUAUCAAGGAUUUUAUUCUGCAACUAGAUAUUGAUUCCUCGCCAUUUCAAAAGAACUGGAAACAUGUCGCUCACAGGUUUGAAAUUUCCAAACAAGACAUUCAACUUGUGGAGAUAGAGAGCAAGAAGUCAGGAGUCAGCGCAAUAAGGCUUUUGAUUGGAAAGUUGUGCAGUUUCAAAUGUGCUACUCUAAAAGAGUUCGUAGACGUCCUCCAGGAGCUGGAACGCAACGAUGUUGCCAACGACAUUAUUUACUGGUUUAGGAAAAAACAGGACAGAUGUUUAGAGGAGGGUAAGAAUUGACAAUACCCAAGAGGUUGUUGAGUGUUUCAUUAAUAUCAUGUACCACGCAUGGACUUUAAGAACAGUGAAAGUUGAUAGUUAUUAAGUCGGUCUUGUAAAUAACGUGAAACUGAUUUUGUGUAUUUAGAAAAAUCAAAGUAGCCUAAACAUAUUUUUGGAAAGUAGGGAUACAUGUUGUUUGAGAGAUGUUCUUUUAAUAUUAGAUCACAGGAUCUUUUUAAUCAGGUGCAAAGAUAUUGGCAAUUUUUGUAUUGAAAUUUCUAUUAGGAAGCUCGGUGAAAAUUUUACAUCAUUUUUCUAGUCAGGCUGGUCAGAUUUACUUUCACAACCUUCGGAAUGGUACUUAGUUGACAGUGAUGAUAGCUUACAUAGUGCUGGAGUGGCAUCUGUACCAUAAAAAAAUUCAGCUUAAGUUAUUCUGUGCAUCAGAGAAGUGCACUUUCUUGAUUUAUCACAUACUGGAAGAUGUAAAAAGCGUCACAAUCUUCGCUAGGAUUUCCCACAAUUAUUAGCUUUUUCAGGCACCUACUCAUGGUUGACCUCAUUAUGGCCGUAUCCUCCUUAAAACCAGUAUUUGUGGGGUAAGUUAAAAAGAGAUAAGGGUCAGUUAUUAUCUGGACUUUUGAAUACUAGAUCAUUUUUUUUCACAGAUAAUGGAGUAGAUGAGCAGGAGCACUCUCCCGUUAGACAACCCAUGAAUAACAGGCCAAAUAUUGAACUAAUUCCAACAGGUGAGGAGUCAGUCCUUCCUUUUUCACAUGAAUCCUUUCACACUCUAACAUCAGUAUGCAUAUUCUCCAUACUGUUCUCUAUACAUUUCCUAAUGUGCUGACAAGGACGUUUGUUAAACAAUCAUGAGAUUCUUCAGUUGAUUAUCAUUUUCUUUAUUCUCGUGACCUAAAUGUUUGAUUCAGGGGUGAUAUUAAAAGGAGAAAUUAGAUGCUAGUCACUCUCUGAGUGGUUCAAAGUUUUAACGUGCCUAUUGACUGAGUUUAUUUGAUUUUCAUCAGCACUCAGCUAAAUGGAAGCUAAAACCGCAUUUUGUUUCAUUGUGAAAUUGCCUUCUUGAAUUCUUUUGGUCUCUUUUUGACCAAAAUGGUAAUAGUUAAACACCCAUGAAAUAGUUCUCUGAACAAAGCCCUUCAUUUGACGCUGUUCCUCAUGAGCGCUGUUGCCUCUUCUCUAAUAUUCAAUGCAAUUUUUUUUUUUUUUUAAUAAGGCUUAAAAAAAAUGCCUAAUAUUAACCGUUAGUUUUAAUGAUGGCCGAACUGGAUAAACCACAUACACUCUCUCCCCUAUCAUCAUACCUUUCCAUUUAUGCAAUAUCCCUUGCAACUGGAAAAGCUUACUUGCCAGUGAAUUCACCAUAAUUAAAUUCAUUCAAUUACAGUUCGCUAUGAUGGUCAAGGAGACGACAAAGAUUGUGUUCUUGCGAAUGAAAUCCCCGAAGGUAUGUAAAUGAGUGACAAGUAAUGAAUUCCCGUCCUUUGAGUGUAAGAUCAAUGUUAUUAGCAACUUAAGAAGCCUGCAUUACUCCCUGUUCCCGCCUGCAGUACCUACUCGUCUUCUAGGCGUUAGCGGGCAGCUUCCACCGGGGGUGUCCUCAAAUGAGCAUUAUUGUGAUGAUGAUAAUGAUGAUUAUAAUGGUUACUUUUUUUUCCUUUUGACUUUGCCAAUUUGAUUGUUCUUUCGUUAUAUAAGACUUCAAGCUCGCCGACUUUCCAUAUGAUGUCGAGGAUUCUAUUCUGCGACUAGAUUCUGAUUCCUCGCCAAUUCAAAAGAGCUGGAAACAUGUCGCUUACGGGUAUGGAAUUACCAAUCAAGCCAUUCAGGUGUUGGAGACAGAGAACAGGAAGCCAGGAGUCAGUGCAAUAAGGCUUUUGAUUGAAAAGUUGUGUAGUUCCAAAUGUGCAACUCUAAGAGAGUUCGUAGACGUCCUCCAGGAGCUGGAACGCAACGAUGUUGCCAAUGACAUUAUCAGCUGGUUUAAGAAAAAACAGGACAGAUUUUCAGAGGAGGGUAAGAAUUGUCAAUACCCAGGAGGCUGUUGGGUGUUUCUUUAACAUCAUGUACCACGCAUGGACUUUAAGAGCAGUGACAGUUGAGAGUUGUUGAGUCGGUCUUGUAAAUAACGUAACUGAUUUUGUAUAUUUAGGAAAAUCAAAGUGAUCUGAACAAAAUUUUUGGAAAGUAGGGAUACACGUUGUUCGAGAGAUUUUGUUUUAAGAUUAGACUACAGGAUCGUUUUAAACAGGCGUUUUGAAGAUUUAGGCAAUUUUUGUAUUGAAAUCUAUGUUAGGUAGUUCGAUGAAAAUUUUACAUAAUUUUUCUAGGUUUUUGUAACCUUUUUUAGUCUUUGCUCUUAUUUUCAAACAGGCCGGUGGUAUAGAACACGGAAGGUUGUCUGAAGUUAUCUUUCCUUAUGGUUUUCCUUAAUUUCGGUUUUCAAUUUACUAUGAAAGGCUGAGAAAAUACUAUAGCCUAAUUCGCUUGGCAUUGCUUGAUCUCACAUUGAGAAGAAAGUAAGCACUGCGCGCUGAAUUUAUUUUAACAAGGAUGUUUUCGAUAUUAUGCAUGCUCUGAAGUCAUCCUGUAUGUGACCAGCCGAAGUUUUAAACUUGGCUUAGUCAGGUCGGGGGUUGACCUCAUCAUGGCCGUAUCCUUUUUAAAACCAGUGUUUGUGGGCUAAGCUAAAAAAAGAUAAGGGUCGGUUAUUUUCUAGACUUUUGAAUAAUUGAUAAUUCUUUUCUCGCAGAUAAUCGAGUAGAUGAGCAGGAGCAGUUUCUCCUUAGACAACCCAUGAGUGAUAGCCCAAAUAUUGAACUCAUUCCAACAGGUGAGGAUUCAGUCCUUCCUUCUUCACAUUAAUCCUUUCACACUCUAACAUCAGUAUGCAUAUUCUCCAUACUGUUCUCUAUACAUUUCCUAAUGUGCUGGCAAGGAAGGUUCUUUAACAAUCAAGAAGCUCUUCAGUUCAUUAUCAUUUCCUUUAUAUUCACGACCUUAAUGUUUGAUUCAGGGGUGAUAUUGAAAUGAGAAAUUAGGUGAUGCUAGUCACUCUCAGGGAUUAAAGAGUUAAUCCUGAAUUCUCCGAAAAAGAAAAUAAAUAAGCCGAAUUACUCUCCCUCUGUAGUCUUUUAAAUGCAAAAACUUUCAGCACAGGCUACUGAAAGUUUUAUCGACGCCUCGUUUAUCCUUUCGAGAUAACACAGUUAGCAAUGUUAAUGAUAUUAUGUACAGUGAUUGUGUGGUGGCGAGAGUUACUCUCAGAGUGAAGGAAACCAGUAGCAGAUCACGCAUUUUCCUAGCUAAAAUUUGCUUAUUGUCUUGUUGCAACUUUAAUGUUACAAGUAGCAGUUCUCUUUUUAAACUUAACUCUGUUUUUCAGAUUGUGAUGUCUCCGAAAUGUUUACGCUUCGUAAUAGAAAUGAUCUAAUGCUGCACAAAAUUGAAGUCAUGCUUGAUCCAAAUCCACCGCUAAAGAAAAAUUGGCGACAAGUGGGACAUCAUUUAAACGUUACCGAGGGAGACUUUUUUAUCGACGCCACGCCACGCCACGUUUAUCUUUUCGAGAUUCACAAUGUUAAUGAUAUUAUUUACAGUGAUUGUGUGGUGGCGAGGGUUAUUCUUAGAAUGAAGGAAACCCGUUGAAGAUCACGCAUUUUCCUAGCUAAAAUUUGCUUUAUUCUUUUGUUACAACUUUAAUGUUUUUCAGAUUGUGAUGUCUCAGAAAUGUUUACGCUAUGUAAUAAUGAAAAUGAACUGAUGUUGCACAACAUUCAAGACAUGCUUGAUCUAGAUCUACCGGGAAAGAAAGGUUGGCGAGAAGUGGGACGUCAUUUAAAAGUUACCGAAAGAGACUUAAACUUACUGGAACUUCAAUAUAAGUCAAACGGCAGUCCUACGGAGAGUCUUAUAGAAACAUUGAAGACUUUUACACCAGAGCCUUCAAUGAAAAAAUUUGUCGAAGCUCUGAUCAGUUGUGAAAGAAGUGACGUGGCCAAAUAUAUUUGUGAAUGGCAAUGGGAGAAACGUAACUGUACUGAACUGGAGAACCAUGAACGACCAGAUACGGUCCAGCAACCAUCCUGAGGAUAUUUUUCUCCUCAGUCAGCCGUUCUUUUGAAUGUCACACAAUCAAUGCUACCCUGGUGCGGUCCGUGACAUCGGAAUACUAGCCCCAGGCCGUAUUAUUAGUACGCACUUCUAUAAUGUUAUCCUCUUUGCAUAUUUGUGAGGUAGCUUCGAGAAACCUAGAAUUAGAUGUUCUACUCUUUUAGGUCUGCUUUGUUACCCAUUGCCUGUAAUGGUUUUUGAUAAAAGAAAUCCACCCUUCUGGUUAAUACAACUUCACUUUUUUCGAUGGUCAGCUUGGCAGAUGAAUAAUUAACAAUGUGCUCAACAAUUAAUGCGUUCAGUAAUAUGUAAUAUAUUUUCGUCCAUUGUGACAAACUACUAAGGUAAUUUAUGUUUAAAUAUUUUUUUAUCAUUUAAAUAUUUAAUUGUAUCUAAUUGUUUAUUUCUACGGGGAUUUGUAAUUGCCUUUCUAGAAAAUAACACAUGGCGCGCGUAGAUAUGGAAUUUCUCGUCGAGGUUCGGCUCGAUAGCUUACGAGUGAGCACAGUUGUUCCUGAGUAAUUUCCAACUGAUAAUUAGGCGUCUGGUGUUAAGCUUUCUAAUUAUCUGUACAACUCGUAUACCUAGUAUCCUAUCUUCGUUAUAAUUUAAUACAAGUUUUUAUAGUUUGAUAUUCAGACAUUAGAGACACUUUAUAGUUUGAUAUUCAAUUUAUCAUAAAAGUACACCUUGCAUACCUAGCAUUCUAUUUUCGUCAUAAUUUAAAAAAUUUUUAUAGCUUGAUAUUAAGAUAUCAGAGAGACAUUUUAUAGUUCAACAUUCAAUUUUUCAUCAGGUCUUAAUUUUUACGUACACUUCAUACAUGUAGUAUCUUAUUUCUGUUCAUAGACUUUAUUUUGCACGAACGUAUCCUCGCAGAUUUGUCCUUGGACAUUAUCUGUUCCUCAAAUUUCACAGUUUUCCUCGACCUUCGCUCUAGGAGAACUGUUCGCAUCUUGGAGCAAACAAUGUUCGUGGACAAAAAUCGGUGCAUAUUUUCGCUCCAAAUAGAGGCUAUCGUUUAAAUAGAGGGCCACAAUUAUAUUGGUCAUUUUUACUAUUCAAUUUCACCCUCUUUAAAUAAAG